CAUAUGAGAGAAAACCUUACUGAUCAAGUUGGAUUUCGACAUUUACCUGCAACAUAGUUAACAUCAGAAAGUAAAUUGAUUAUGUCUCAUACGUGGUGGCGGGUGGGGGACGGCGCGCCAAAUUUCGUCGGCGAUGGGCUGGUUCUGGACUCAAGUAGGCUGGGCCUCUGAAGUAUGGGCUGGCGAGAGAAAUGGAUCCCCGAGGCCUUAUGGUUUACGCUUUCCUUUUCCCCCGCCAGGCCAGCGGUAGUUUAUAGCCGGCCCUUCGGUUUACUGACCCGGAAAACGACCCGGACGAAGUACCUGGCUGCCGCCGCCGAACGUCUCUUUCUUUCCUCUUCUUUCUCUGCGGCCCGGAAAAACUCAGCUCAAAAUCGGCAGUCGGCUGCUCUCUGGAAGACAGUCUAAGCGAAGUGGAAUUUAAAGUAAGCAGCUUUGUUACUUUCAAGAGAAAGGGAAAAAUUAAAAAUCCCCUUUUGAUCUCUAGAGAAUCCAAUCAACAGAAUGAAGCGAGGAAGGUAAGAGAGAAUAAAGAAAACGGAAUGAACCAAAGGUAAGGGAGAUGAAUCUUUGCAACCGAAUCCCUGAAAAAAAAAAACCCAGAACCGAAUCCCUAAAACUUAAAAGCAGCGACAACAACAAACAGAAAUCUGAAAGAGGAAGAAUAACUUACGGCAAAACCAAUACCGAUCUAACGCUUAGAGAACGGAAAUCAAAGGUAGAUGCAAGCACAUAAAAGAACCAGAUGAUUGAGUCAAGGUUUGGUUUUCUCAAGGCCAAGAAACUUAUUCGAAUGAGGUGAAAGAGUGGAAGGAAGGGAAAUCGGAAAUAAAAAAUACAAAUUAAUACAAAUUAAAUGAGAACGUGGGCCUGGAAGGAGAAAAAAGUGGGUAGUAGAGAGUUUUUUAUACAAAUUAAAUGAGAACAUGGGCCUGGAAGGAGAAAAAAGUGGGUAGUGGAGAGUUUUUUUGUUCUGAAAUCAGGCAGGACUCUUUUUUUUUCCGCUUAACACUCUGCCACAUCAGCUUCCUAAAAUCACUCUAUGGACAGGAAAUCUUGAAUGGUGGUUGCAGUUUUACUUUUCAGCUAUAAAUUAUACUGUUGAUAAUCACUUUUGGAGAAAUACACAAAAUAACCAAUUACGUCCAAUAAUUUAACGGUGUGAGUUAACAAACUGAUUGGACUAAUAGAAAAACUGACUUGACGAUAUUUUAAUUAGUAAUAAUCCACAUUAAUUAAAUAAUAUUAAAUAAAGUAAUAAAGUUACUUAAAAAAAAGUAGGCGAAGAGCCCUAUCUCUUCCCUAUGUUUCCGCCACUUUCAACCCCCACACCCCGCCGACGUCGAAGGCCUACUUCUUCUUCCCGAUUUUUUUUUCAUUCUUCUUCUUCUUCUUCUUCUAGAUUUGUUUCUCACCAAUUCACUCCAAUUCCCAGACCCACAAUAGCAAUCUCCGUCAAAAUACUCAACAUUAACCAACCGAAAUCUUUGCCGCCACUGGGAAGCGCCGCCUCCUCUCGCCGUCACCAUCUCCUUCCAUUAUUUAUGCUACGCCCAAAUCUAUCCCAGUCGUGAUAUGAGAGCUACGAGUUGGGAAUAACGAGGGGGCUGAACAAAACCACCAGAUCUGGGCGGGUUUCAAAGAUGCGGCCGUUGGAAAUAGACAAUGAGCAGAGGGGACAAGCGAAUCGCUAGAGCCAAAGCAGUUGAUUUUGGAGACUUUCUUGAGGACGCAGAGGUCCUGGGUCUAGCACAUGGGCUCCUCGAUCUGCUUGGUGACUCUCGGUCUCCGCCACUAGUACUCGGCGGCAACGAACAGGGCAGGGUCAGAGGCGAUGCAGAAGAGCAGUGGGGUUUUUUAAAGCGGAUCUCGCCACCUGAUCGCUACUUGGAUCUGUAUCCAUACCAAACCUUGCCGCAUCCUCCUCCUCUGAAGUUAGAAACAGAAUCGGCCUGAUGAGAAGGAUUGGAUUGUGCUUCUAAAACAGUAGGGCACAAUCGGCAGGGGAUUUUUUGAAUUGGGGAUUUUUUGUUUGAAUGGGUUUGUGAAUAAGGGAUUUUCGAAGAAGAGAGGGUAACGGAGGCGAUUCUUCUUCUCGAUGAUUUUUCUGGAUUUAGGAGUCGUUUGAAAGUUGCGAUUGUUUUGUUGCGAUUGUUUUGUUGAGAUUGUUAUUAUGCAUGUAUUGUUUACAAUGCAUCAUUUUUUUGUUUUUUUUAAGAGAAACAAUACAUGGAUUGUUUCUAUGAUGUGACAGAAACUAUCACUCAUUUUGAGUGAUUGUUAUAUCUCAACUUUAAGUUGUGAUUGUUGAGAUAGUUGAGUUGAGAUUGUUUUGUCUCAGCUUUUAGCUGAUGCGACAUACACAAUCACACAUACCAAACGUUGUAUUCUACAAUGCAUCAAAUUCGACAAUACAUGUAUAAUAUUAUACAUGCAUUCUCAACAAUACAUAUAUUUAACAAUCGCAACUUCCAAACGACCCCUUAGUGGGGAAUAGAGGAAAUUGAAAAAUUAUUUAUUUUUAUAAAUCAAAAUGACGUGGCAAUGAUAUUGAUGACUUGUCGCUGACGCUUGGGGUGAUUUGGCAUCCUAGUAAGCCUAACGUUAACAUAACUGGCGGAGUUUCUAACACCGUCAAAAUUUGUAACGGAAAUGGCUAUAUUUGUCAUGAAAUUUUCAAAAUUUUGGCUAUUUUUUUGUAUUUCUCUAAAAGAGGCUAUUAUUGUCACAAGUACUAAAGUUUUGGCUAUACAAAUGUACUAGCCUAUAGCCCGGCCCGUUGGCCGCAUUUGUUUAAGGAAAUGGAGUUACAAUAUCUAUAAUGAUAGUGUCGAGAAAUGAGUCUUGUUUUAUAUUAUCAUAAGAUCGUUGCAAUUUUGCAAUUCGUUGAAGACGAACAUGUAAUAUGAAUGAACAUUCAUAAUAAGUUAGAAAUACAUUUGAAGAUUAGCUAAUCACAAUAAAAAUACUUACAUGAAAUUUUACUAAUCACAAAUCUAAUCUAGUUGAGUAUUACGACAAAUAACAUGCAAGUCCAAAAUAAGAAAACUCAAUACAUUGUCUCAUUGUUCAUGACAUGGUACUCAAUUCAACAAAGGCAAAAAUAAUUUCACCAAUACAAGUUCACAAUAACCAAAUGCAUCGUUCCAGGGACCGACUGUGACCAUGACUUCAAAUGUCUGUUCUCCAAGCAUGUUCAGAAGGGCCAUAUAGUCAGCAUUGACAACAUCUGCAAGACUGAAUACAGAUUCAACAAUCGUUCGUAACUGUGAUGAUGGGAAGACGAUGUCAACACCAAUGAAUUCGUCCUCAAUUGUGAGGUGGACGAAAUGGAUUCUGGAUGCAGGGGACCAGGACGUCGUCAAAUUCGUUACACGUCCGGAUAACAAAAAAGAGGUGCCCUGAUGUAGACACAGAAACGAAUAUUGUCAAAGCAAAUCGAUAAAAUGCAGCAUGCCACAAAAGGCGUACGAUUAAAAAGAAAUUUAUUUGUUUAGUUAUCUGAUUUUCGACAUCCACUUGCAACAUAAUGAGAUCGAUGGUGUCGGCACGCUCACAAAUUUCAAGAGCAUCAUCAUAUUGCAGAUUAGCAAUAAAACCAUGGGGAAGCCUAUAUAUUGGACUGUAAGUUUUGGCAUUAAGUAGUGAAAAAGAAUCGAAAUUACAUGAUGUAGUAUUUGUUGGAUGCAUGAGCAGUACUUACUGAUUGAAUUGAGGCAGGCCCGCCAUAUUGAAUACAAUUCGCACGGUCAAUGGAACCGAAGUGUUUUGUAUGGGAAGUAGUAAACGGAAAUUGUAACA